AUGGCCACCACCAGCCGGCCCCCCGAGGUGAUCCCAGUUCAGCGCCUGGCCCUGAGCUGCUCCUGCGACUUCUUCCGGGCCCUCUUCACUUGCCCCAUGAGGGAGGCCACCCACGACCCGGCAGCCCCCCUGGCCACCAAGCUGUCCCCAGCCGAGCUGCGCCUCCUCCUCUCCUUUGCCUACACGGGGGCUGUGGCAGGACCAUGGUCUGUGGUCCUGGAGGCAGCCGAGACCUCCCUGCGCUACCAGGCCUGGGGGCUCCUCUCCCUCUGCCUGGAUGUCUUCACCCAUGACCUGAGCCCAGAAACUGGCCUGGAUGUCCUGGCCUUUGCUGUGGCUUAUGGGCUGGCCCAGGUGGGCCGCGUAGCAGAGGACUACAUCUUGGCCACCUUUCCCAGUGUGGUGGCCACACCAGCCUUCCUGGAUCUUCCUGCACACCUUCUCAUCCGCCUCCUCCGCUCUGAUGGGCUCAAUGUCCUCUAUGAAUUGGAGACCUUGGAAGCAGCAUCCCGGUGGCUCAUGGCCAAUGGAGAUGUUGAAGAAGAUCUAGCCAAGGAAGUCCUGUCGUCUGUUCGCUUUGCCCUCAUGUCUGGCCUGGAGCUGAAGAAGGUCCCAUCAGUGACUGCAGGGGUUGCUGACCCAAAGAUCCUCCGUGAGCUCAUCAUAGCAAGUUUGGCCCCCAUGGCCCAGCUGCCAUGCCGAGUGCGCUCCUUGCAAGAGGUGCUGGUGGUUUGUGGUGGAGACAAAGUGACAGCCAACCUGGCUGCCCGGAAGCCCAGCAGGCACCUCUGGUUUGCUCACCGCUACCUCAGUGCUGUGGGACUGGUGAAGCAGGUGGAGUGGCGGCCACUGGGACACUUCCCUGACGGCCCACGCUUCCGCCACGCUGUAGCUGUGGUGGGCAACAUCCUCUAUGUCCUGGGUGGAAAGCGCUACUAUGGGGUGCAUGACACCCUGGCCAGUGUCUACAGGUACCAGCCCAUGGAGGACUCCUGGGAGCGCCUGCCCAGCAUGACCUGCGGGCGGAGCUACUUUGCUGCGGUGGCACUCGGGGAUGUCAUCUAUGCCCUGGGGGGCAGCUCAGGGGAGCUCUACUGCACAGACACUGUGGAGUGCUAUGACCUGGCCAAGGACACCUGGAGGAGGUGCCAGCCCCUGCCCAUGGCUCUGUGUGGGCACGCAGCAUGUGCCCUGGAUGGUGCCAUCUACGUGUCAGGGGGAUGUGAUGAGGCGGGUCAGUGCCAGGCGUCCUUGCUGCGCUAUGCCCGGGGGGUCCCUGCCACAGCCUUGGCCCCCAUGAACGGCCAGCGAGCAGGUCACGUCAUGCAGGAGGCAGGUGGGCAGCUCUACGUGGCCGGGGGGCUGUGCCAGCGGGUUGGGCAGACUGGCUACAAGGACCAGCUGGCCUUUGAGGUCUACAGCCCCAAGCUGAACAGCUGGGUCCUCCUCAGCCCCCUGCCCCAUGCCCAUGUAGUUGGGGGUGCAGCGGUGCUGGGGGGGGAGCUGCUGGUCCUGGGAGGCUACAGCCACGAGACCUACAGGGACACCCACUUGAUUCACGCCUACCAGCCGGGCACUCGGCGCUGGAUCACCCGGGGCACCUUGCCCCAUCCCUACACUGACCUCCAAGCCUGUGUCCUCACUCUACCCACUGCCUUACGUGACCCAAACUACCCUGAGGACCCCUCAAGAUCACCUGACACCCCCAAUAAGACUUAG